UGCUUGCAGCGGCUGCACAGAUAGCGGCGUGUUCGAUUGGACAAGCUCUGUCCGUACGACUACCACAACCAACAUCUCUGUCAGUGCUGUGCAGAAGUCAUAGGAGAGAAGGAUAUUACUUUGAGGCGGGGAUAAUUAAGGCGAUGACAUGCAGCUUGUUGCGCGGACCUCAGACAUCGUGACUCGGGGACUGCUGGAGGCUACAAGCAAGGUCAAGCAAGGCGGCAGCUUAUAUUCUUGUGAGAUACAGGAGGUGAUGCGGCCUGAGAUUGAUGCCCUGAGUGCGUCCCCCACAGUGUUACACAACACACAUGACCACGAGUAAACACAUGUUUCGCUUUGGAGUGAAUUCGGCCUGAAACGUAAUCUUGUGGGAUAGAGACCCCAGAAAUGAUUGCUUGUCCGUCUUGUGGCCUGUGAUAGGUAACCCUGCUUUUCAGGAGUGCAAUCUAGGUGUGGUUAUGGCGGACGCCGGGAUGGGAGUCACAGACGCAAUCUGGCAGAAUGUGAGCAAUGUCCUCAAUUUUACAUCUGAUCCCGGAAAUGGUACGAAUGACAAUUCUUCUGGGUUCUGUCCAGUGGAGGAAGAACCCGAUACGACUAAUCAGGAAUUCUUCCGAAUCGCCCAGUUAAUCACGGGACUGAUCCUGUACCCGGCCGUGUGCAUCCCCGGACUCCUGGGUAAUAUCCUCACUGUCAUCGUGCUUACAAAGCGGAACAUGCUCACAUCCACUAAUGCUUUCUUGAGUGCUUUGGCAAUAUCUGACGCAAUCAAGCUCAUAAAUGAUAUAUUAUACGUGCUGGUAACUAUAUUCAGUAAGACCGAUGACGUCAUGGGCAACAGGGCAUAUGGGUAUCUAUAUCCUUACGCGCAUUUCAUUUUCAAUAUGUCUGUCUGUGUAUCUUCAUGGCUGACUGUGUCAGUAGCUGUGGAGAGGUACAUUCUUGUGUGUCACCCAACACGCGCCAGGGCGUUAUGCAGCAGAUACCGCGCUGUCGUCACAUGCGUAGUCGUAUACAUCAUCAUGACGGUAGUCGCUCUUCCAUCUGCCUUCCGUUAUCGGACCAAGUGGUGUUACGACCAGUCCUUGAAUGAAUCCAUGCUACACGUCGAGCUUACAGAACUUUAUCACAACCAAGUAUUUGUGUCGGCCUACACAUGGGCCCAGAAUCUCCUGCGUUCUAUCAUCCCCCUCCUUGUGCUAGUUGCCUUGAAUGCUUGCAUUAUUGGUGCGUUAAGAAAAACCCGUGCCAACAAACGUAACUCCUCCCGUCACCGCGUCACGGUGAUGAUGAUUAUGGUCAUAGUUGUGUUUAUGGUAUGUAUAACACCAGACGCCAUUAUGUCCACUGUGUUUGGUUUCGGCUACCACGAAGCGGGGCCUCUCGUGAAAGGAAUACGGGAAUUCACGGACACGCUUCUGGCACUCAACGCCGCCAUCAACUUCGUCAUAUACUGCUUAUUCAACAAAGUUUUCCGACAGAGCUUCGCCCAACUCUGCUGCCGGACAAAAAACCCCAAGAAGCUUCAGACAGAAAUGGACGAGUCCCAGUACCGGCGUCUGUCUGAAGCUAAAAACAACAACAAAAAUAACAACGUACAACAAAAUAAUGAAAACUCUGGUUCCAGUAAAUCAUGAAGAUGGCGCUUGAUUGAAGAACCAACAUUGCGAGGAUUAAUUCCUCUUGUGUGAAUUAAGUGUAGUAUUUGGAUUGGAAACCAUUAUAAUGAGUGAUUGGAUUCAUGACUAAUUGCCAAGUUGCGUGUGCACAGCGCCCCUUGCAAGUAGUUAAAAACUGAAAGACGUUAGACAGGAAGACCAUCAACUGCUAGCUGGACAUCUGUAAUGAAUGAGAAAACUGGAGGAAGAAUGGAUUUUAAAUGGAUUAAAGCCUUGUGAUAAAAACACUACUACUUUUGUGACAGGAGGAUAUUGUGUUCUCAGCAAUGUGUGGAGAGCUGGGGCUAUACGAUCACCUGCUAUGUACUAUAAAUGAACGCUUAGCAUUAACACAGUGACCCACUUAUUGUUGCGGACGGUCCUACUGUCAGUGACAUGUUACUAUAGUGAUGACUCGUGAUCUUACUGUUGAUAUACAUGUUACGAUGUCGAUAAUUGGUGAUCACUUAUUUCGUUAGACCACUGAUUACUUCCGCGUAGCCAACCAACAUGUCAUUGUUGGCCAUAUUGGUCUCCGAUGAGGAUUGUCUAUUUCUACUCCAUGUGAUACUGAGUGUUGUAUAUAUUGGUGUAUAUGUAUCUUCAGUGGAUGGCAGGAAGUAACGAUGGAGUGCGGCACACUGUCACCUGCAGUGUUGGGAGGUAAACUGCUUCUGUGCUUCGUCAGCUACUUCCGGUUGUACCAUGUAUCGUACUACCCUCGUUACAAUGCACAUAUGUGUCUUUGCUGGAUCUGACAGUAUUUUUAUGCCGUAUUGCGAUACAGGUGCAUUACACUGGUGUGCUGGUAUACACGCUAAUGGACCACUGUAUAAACAUCGUCUGGAACUGCAUCAACUAGGUGGAGAAGAAUCUUCUUUGUGUAUAAUAAUAUUUAUUUAAGAAAUUUAUUUUUUUGUCAUGUCAAUGAUAUGUAUAUAAUGAAACACAGUGUACAGGUAUUAUAUGUGUGUAUAUAUGUAGAGCGUUGAUGAUUGCUAUAUUCUUCUAAACUUAUUUAUGCCUUCCAGAGAUGUUGAAACGACCCCUAAACAGUGUUUGUCCAUUAGCGUGUAUAACGCUGUGAACACCUAGAACGGAUUUGUUAAUUGUAAAUUACUUUUCCUUUUAGUCAGUUUUUGUAGUGUGUUGAAAGAGUUUCCUUUGAUCUGUAACAUAUUUCAUCAGAUACGCCAUGCCAUCAGCCAUAUGCAGCAACUGAUCACAUAUUUCCCUCUCUCACUAUUAUGCUGGUUAGGUUAACUGUGACACUUACAUUCUCUCGUGGCUGCUGUCAUUAGCUGGCUGUGGCUGCCGUACUGUUUUUUACGACAUUGUGUUGAGUUAAUUGUGACUUAAGGAAGCUUUCAUUAUUGUGCUUGGUAGAGUUAGAUUGUUGUUUUCGACGCGGAGUGAAGUUAACUAUGAGAAAAAGUGGCUUUCAUUGAGCUUCUUGGUAAACUUAACUAUGGAACACAUUUACUCUCAUUAAGAAUCAGGGUAAAAUUAACUAUGGAACACAUUUACUCUCAUUAAGAAUCAGGGUAAAAUUAACUAUGGAACACAUUUACUCUCAUUAAGAAUCAGGGUAAAAUUAACUAUGGAACACAUUUGGUCUCAUUAAGAAUCAGGGUAAAAUUAACUAUGGAACACAUUUACUCUCAUUAAGAAUCAGGGUAAAAUUAACUAUGGAACACAUUUACUCUCAUUAAGAAUCAGGGUAAAAUUAACUAUGGAACACAUUUACUCUCAUUAAGAAUCAGGGUAAAAUUAACUAUGGAACACAUUUGCCAUCAUUACGAUUCUGGGUAGAGUUGACUGUUAUACACCGUUGCUCUCAUAACGAUUUUGAUUAGAGUUGACUGAUAUACAUCGUUGCUCUCAUUACGAUUUUGAUUAGAGUUGACUGAUAUACAUCGUUGCUCUCAUUACGAUUCUGGGUAGAGUUGACUGCUAUACCAUUUUGCUCUCAUUACGAUUCUGGGUACAGUUGACUGCUAUACACCGUUGCUCUCAUUACGAUUCUGGGUAGAGUUGACUGCUAUACCAUUUUGCUCUCAUUACGAUUCUGGGUAGAGUUGACAGCUAUACAACGUUCCUCACAUUACGAUUCUGUGUAGAGUUGACAGCUAUACAACGUUGCUCUCAUUACGAUUCUGGGUAGAGUUGACUGCUAUAUACCGUUGCUCUCAUUACGAUUCUGGGUAGAGUUGACAGCUAUACAACGUUGCUCUCAUUACGAUUCUGGGUAGAGUUGACUGCUAUACAACGUUGCUCUCAUUACGAUUCUGGGUAGAGUUGACAGCUAUACACCGUUGGUCUCCUUACGAUUCUGGGUAGAGUUGACAGCUAUACAACGUUGCUCACAUUACGAUUCGAAAAUCCUUGACAAGGCCCACUCUUAUCAUACAAUAUUUCCAGGUAUUAAUCAAGAAAGGAAAAGCAUUUUCGACGGUUUUCUAAUUGAGGGACGAAAGAAGCCGAAAUUUAACCGAUGCAUCGAUAAAGAUUGACAUUUGAUAAUUACUAACACACCGACUGAUUUCUAAUAGCUGUUAGCCUAUGGCUGCCUGAUGAACCGUGGACGUCGGGCUUCAUGGCCAGCAUCAUCUAGUCUCUGCUGUGGGGACCUCAUACACUACUGGUUACCGAUAAUCUUUGGAACUAGCAAUUCAUAACUGCAAAGUUUGAUGUACUAGAAAAAUGCUUUUUGCGUUUUGUUGUUUUCAUUAACACCGCCUGACAAAGAUUGACGGAGGAGGUUAGCAUUGUGGGUAGCACUGGAACAACACGCAGUCACAACAGUUUUAACAUUACAGUUAAUCAACUACAUUAACUGAACUUAUCCCGGA